UUGAUAAGAGCGCGCGUGUUGUGUGAGAGAUGUAGUCGAGUCGUCGCAGUGUUUGUGAGCGGCCGAGGAGCGAGGUGAGUGGUGACUCGUGAGUGCUGAGUGGUGAGUGUGCGCGCCCGCAAUGGUACAAUGGUCUAUACUCUCACUGAAAAUAAGGACCCCGGUCAAAAGAACAUUGUUGUUUGGAAACAAUAUUUAAUAUCUGUUUUCGUCAGCAUUCCAUUCAUAACACAUGGAGUAGAAAACGAGUUGCUGAAUGCUACGUCACACCUCGCUCCGGUUAUAGCGGCGGCGCACGUGCCAUGGACCGAGGUUACCUUCCUCCUGGCCGCAUUGGUCUCCGCGCCCGCACACGGCAUCCUCAUAGACAGACAUGGCAGGAGAAUUGGCAUUUAUGUAUUAGUGCUGUUACAAGGGAUGACGAGCGUGCCCCUGCUGUUCUCGACGUCGGAGUUGAGCGUGUUGGUGCACGCGGCAGUAGCGGGCGUGGCAACAGGGGGCCUGUUCCUCGUGCUGCCGGUCUACGUGCGAGAGGUCAGCGGCGACGCGGUGCGGGGAGCCACUCUGACGCUUAUGAUGCCCAUGACGACACUUGGAAACGCCAUGAAGCUGCUACUCACCUUCGACCAGAUGCUGUUUUUGGUGCUCGGUCUUGUUGCAUUGGAACUCCUCGUCGUCUUUCUCAUCCCAGAAAGUCCGGCGUACUUGGUUAAGGCUGACAAAGUUGAGGAUGCUAAAGUGGCUGCUGCGAAAUUAAUGUGCUCACGCAAUGACGACCCUUUCGUUGUCGAUGAUAUUAGAAAGUUAAAGGAAGAGAGUGAUAGGGCUAAAGCAAAUGGAAAACUUACUAUAUUUCAAAUACUGAAGAACAAUAUAUACAGGGACGAAAUAAAGAUAGGAUUAGUGUUAAACACGACGAUGGUGCUAAGCGGUAGCUCCAUCUUCCUUCAGCCGGAGAAAACGCUGUCAGGUCUGGGCGCCGACGUCGACCCGCGGCGACUGCUCGUACCAUUGUCGUUGUUAGCCGGCGCCGCGUGCACUGUAGCAUUAGGUCACUUCGUUGAGAGAAAGUACGUGGUAACGGGAGCAUGCGGCGUCAUGGUGUUGUCAAUGGGCACUCUGGCGGUGUACACGCAGGCCGGGCUCGCGGUGACGUCACUGCGCUGGGCUCCACAAGCCGCCCUCGCGCUGCUCGUCGCCGCCUAUGGCAUGCUCUGGGCCCUGCCCACACUCAUACUGGUCGACAUGCUUAAUGUGGAGAUCCGAGUAAGGGCUAUGGUGGUAGUGUACGUAUACAGUCAGAUGAUAAAGCUGGCGCACACGCUGACCUUGCAGCACAUAGAGGAGUACGUGGGCGUGUACAACCUGCUGUACAUAUGCGCGGGCAUCAACACGCUGGCCGGAGUGUACGCGCUGAGUACUCCGCCCGCCGCCAGGGGGCGUACAGUGCGACAAAUCGAGCGCCAGCUGCGCGCGCGCCGCGUGCCGCUCUGCCAGUUAUGAUAUACACCUAUUUUAUACA